AUGGGCAGGCUCUCGAAGGACAAGCGCGACAUCUACUACCGCGAGGCCAAGCGGGAGGGUUUCCGCGCGAGGUCGGCGUUCAAGCUGCUGCAGAUCGACGAGGAGCUCAACCUCCUGGAGGGCGUCCGGAACGUGGUGGACCUCUGCGCAGCCCCCGGGUCCUGGAGCCAGGUGCUGGCCUCCCGCCUCCUCGCCCCCCGCGCCGAGAUAGAGGCUCCCUCCCGGGGCGGCGGCGGCGCGGCUGCCGCGGCGGACGCGGCCAGCAUCGUGGCCGUGGACAUGUACGCGAUCCAGAGGAGAAGAAGCUGCUUGAGCAUGAACUCUCGGGGGUCAAGACGCCCCUUUUCGGAUUUCUUGGAUCCAAUUCGCGGUGUUACGGAAAGUUCUGCGUAUGUUGUGUUCUUUUCCUCUGGCGAUGGAGCCCAUUGCAGGCGUAGUUCAGGUGCAGGGGGACAUCACCCAUGCGUCCACGGCCCAGGAUCGGAGGUGCUCGGGCACCUCCGCGGGGACCCGGCGGACCUGGUCGUCUGCGACGGGGCGCCCGACGCCACCGGCGUGGGGGACUUCGACGAGUACGUGCAGCACCAGCUGCUGCUCUCCGCCCUGCUCCUCGCGGAGGCGCUCCUGCGCCCGGGGGGCGGCUUCGUGGCCAAGAUCUUCCGCGGGGAGCACGCCGCGGAGUUGAUGUUCCGUGCCGCCUUUGCUUCCUCCAUUUUCGACGACGUGGUCGUCUGCAAGCCGCGGGCGUCGCGGAACUCGAGCCAGGAGGCUUUCGUGGUCUGCCGCGGCUUCGCGCCCCUGGCCGGCCCCGGCACGGCGCCGGCGCUGUACUCUCCGGGGCGGCACGCCGAGCUCGUGGACCUGGGCCCAGGCUCGGCGCGCCUGGUCGUCCCCUUCGUCGCGUGCGGCGCCCGGGACGGCCCAGACGCCGACACGAACUACGCCGUCGGCCCCGGGCACAGGCUCCUCGGCCCAGUGGCGCCGCCGCUGCAGGCGCCCUACCGGGAGGCCCUGGAGGAGCGGCGCGGCCUGAAGCGCGCCGCGGCGGCGGCGGCCGCUGGCGCGGGGCCGCCCGCGUGA